GUGUGUGUGUGUGUGUGUGUGUGUUUGUGAACGUAGCACGAAAUGUGUCUCCUCUCUCUGAGCAAAACCACACACACUAACGUGAGACGUGCUGGUCGACGGGGUUGGGUUGUUUUUUUUGGUUAGUGAAAGUUUUCUUUUGUCGGCUCAAGACUGCUCCGAUGUUGUACAUCAAACAUUCCGCUUGUAAAAACGCAAUAUUUAUGACCCACGAGCGGCCGACUUCGUUUCUUCUGAAGAGUCCGCUUCCCCUCCCCUCGAUGAAGCGCUGCGAUGCCCUCUGAUUUUGAAUCCCUCCUGAGCUCGGAUCUCGACCUCAAUUCCCCCAAAUCUCUUUACUCUAAAGAAUCGGUAUAUGACCUCCUCCCCAAAGAGCUCCAGCUCCAGCCGUCGUCCACCCAGACAGACCCACCCACCAUGAGCCAGAAGAGUGGGGGAGAGCCGGGGCCUCCUCCAGCUGCAGCCUUGGCCUCAGAUGCCACCUCUUGCAACUCCACCCCUUCUGCCUCUUCCUCCCUGGGCAUGGGAGUCCCAUCCAGUGGCCCCUCUACCUCCUCCUCAGACCAUCUCAAGGCCCAUCAUCUCCAGUCCACUGGAGGGGAAGGAGCUGGUGUUUCAGAGAUGCAAGGUAUGGAGGGAGCUGUAUCUGGCCCCAGCAGAGGCAAUAGCGGAGCAAACACCGCCGCAGGAGACAUAGGGUCAGGAGUGUUGUCAGGGCUAGGAGUCCAGCAGCCUCAGAACACCCCAUCAAAACGGAGGCCCGUGUUGAGCAUAUCCCCACCACCUGAGGAUCUGUUUGACGACAGCCAGAUGUCAUGUCAAGAGGAGCCUACAGUAUCUGGUCCACCAGGUCCAGACUCAGAACAUAGCAGCAGCAUGUGGGCUGAUGACUCAGUCUCCAACUUCAGCUUGAUCAGCUCCAUCUCCUACAACGACAACACAGAGGUGCCACGCAAAUCUAGAAAACGAACCCCUCGCCAGCGGCCUGGCCCAAAGCCUGCUCCUCCAGAGGACAGCAUGGAUGUGUUUGAUGCUGACAGCGCCAAGGCCCCUCACUUUGUCCUAUCCCAGCUGGGCACAGACAAGACCAGUGCCAUAGCCAGCACUCUUGAGUCAGGAACUGCAGUGAAGGGUGGAUCACUGUCUACUCAGUUCCCCCAAAGGAGUGAUGGGAAGGACCUGAAGAUCCUGGUGCAGCCAGAGACCCAGCACAGAGCUCGCUAUCUGACCGAGGGCAGCAGAGGUUCUGUCAAAGACCGCACACAGCAAGGAUUUCCCACUGUCAAGUUGGAAGGUGUGAAUGAGCCAGUUGUGCUGCAGGUGUUUGUAGCGAAUGAUGCAGGCAGAGUGAAGCCUCAUGGAUUCUACCAGGCUUGCAGAGUGACUGGACGCAACACCACUGCCUGCAAGGAGGUGGACAUAGAGGGAACUACUGUUAUUGAGAUCCCUCUGGAGCCUAGCAAUGACAUGGCACUUGCGGUUGACUGUGUAGGAAUUUUGAAGCUGCGUAAUGCAGAUGUGGAGGCCCGUAUUGGCGUGGCAGGAUCUAAGAAAAAGAGCACCCGUGCCAGGCUGGCUUUCAGAGUCAACAUCCCCCAACCUGAUGGAUCUACCCUCACUCUACAGGUCCCUUCAUCCCCGAUCCUCUGCACCCAGCCAGCUGGAGUGCCAGAGAUCCUGAAGAAGAGUCUUCACAGCUGCUCAGUGAGAGGAGGAGAGGAAGUUUUUAUUAUUGGGAAGAACUUCCUCAAAGGAACCAAAGUUAUUUUUCAGGAGAACAUUGCAGAUGAAAAUUCCUGGCAAGCUGAGGCAAAGAUUGACAUGGACCUUUUCCAUCAGAACCAUUUGAUAGUGACAGUUCCUCCGUUCCACAACCAAUCAAUCACAUCUCCCAUGUCCGUGGGAGUCUUUGUGAUGACCAAUGCGGGUAGAUCACAUGACGCCCAGCCCUUUACCUACACUCCAGACUCAGCUGAUAACUCAAAUGUCCUGACUGUAAAAACAGAGGACCCCUCCCUGGUCAAGACGUGUAUUUUUGAUGGCCAGAUGAAAUCUAUGUCCUCUGAGCGAACUGAACGCUCUGGUCAGACUUCCAAACGGCAAGAGGACACACCAAUGGAAGUGUCUAGCAAUCCACCACCGACAGAUGUCUUCAAGCCAUCCCCUGACCCUCUUGUCUCAGUGCAGCAGACCCUGGAGCUCAGCUCCAGUCCUCAUCCGGGAGGAGAGUCCUUUCAGAGCCCAAUGCCCCUACAACCUGAAGAUGUGGAGCUUGCCCAGGCACCCCCUGUUUUCCCGAGCCUAGAGACUCUUAGCACCAUACAGAAGCAAGACAUUGCCCCCACAACCUCCUUCCCAGUGUCAGGAGACACUACAAUCCCCCCUGUGACACCAGACGUCCCUCAGCAAUUCCUUAGAGACCCUCAGGAUAACCUGCCUCCUGAUAAUUCCAACAAUAGUGGGGGGGUUGUAGUUGUGGCCAUGCCUCAGUUAUCAACUCCAUCUCAGCCCCAGCCACAACAGUCACAGGUUCCUUUGUUCCCACAGGAAGGGGUUGCGCAGCUGGAGAGGGCAGUAAGGGAGCUACAGGCUGGAGGUAACACCACGCUCCAGCAGGUAUUUGAGGCAGCUGUAGCCCAUCAGCAACUAAACUCAGUGCUUUACAGCCCCACACCAUCUGCAGACUCUCUUCAGCAGCACGUCCAAGAAAACAUGAACAGCCUUAGAUUGGGAACUGCGGAUAAUUCACUGUCUACACAGCAGCAGAUACAGAUACAGCAGCAACAGCAAAUGCAACAACAACAACAGCAGCAGCAACAGCAAAUGCAGCAACAGCAACAACAAAUGCAGCAGCAGCAGCAACAGCAAAUGCAACAGCAGCAGCAGCAGCAGCAGCAACAACAAAUACAGCAACAGUUUCAACAGCAUCAACAACUGCAGCAGCAACAGCUGCUUGGUAACCUUCAGCAUCAACAACAACAUCAACAUCUACAGCAGCAACAGCAAGUCCUUGGCAACAUGCAGAUCCAACAGCAACUAAUAUUACAGCCACAAGACCAACAGCAACUGCAGCAGCAGCAACUCAUGGAGAAUAUCCAACAGCAGCAACAGUUGCAACAGAAUCAGCAACAGCAAGUCCUUAACAACAUCCAACUUCAGGAUCAGCAACAACAAAAUCAAAUACUUAACAAUUUACAACAACAUCAGCUGCAACAGCAGCAGCAACAACAGCAAAACCAAGCGUUGAGCAACCUACAACAGCAGCAACAACAACUGCAGGAGCAGCAGGUCUUGGAGAAUUUGCAGCAGCACCUCCAGGCUGAAUUGCUUCAGCCCCAGAUCCACUCCACCCCCCAAGUACAGCAGCCAGUGUCCCUCCUUCAACAACCUGGAGAGCUGCUCACCAUUCAGACCAGCUUCGCGACACAGCCUCCGUCCCACACAUCCCCACCACAACAGCUCUUUCAAUCACCCAGGCCCCUUGCUGAGACCCAGGGCUCCCAACAGCAGGUCCAGGCUGCCCUUCUCCAGAAUACACUGACUGUUCUGACCACUGGCAGUCUCAACUCAGAGCAGCAGUCGACUGGGUCAGCCCUUUACCUUUCCCCCAACCCUCCCCAACAACAGCAACAGCAGCAGCUGGCAUUCAUCUCAUCCAUGGAGACAUCUACUAGCCAGCCCCAGUCUGUUGCAAUGUUUCACAACCAACCCCAAGCUCAGCUUUCCCAAAUGCAGCAACAGAGCACCCCUAUGGAGCAGCAGCAGUCUGCACAACAGAACCAACAACAGCCACCACAGCUUCCAAUGGGCCAGCAGGGCUCCUUGUUCCAAAGUAUUCCAAACCACUCACAGGCUAACCCUGUCCCCCAGAACCAACUCUCCCAACCCCAGCAGACGGGUUUGCUCCUCUGCACGACAGAUCUUAACCCGCAGGCUAUUCCCCCAACUAUUCUCUUCAGCACCCAGACCCAAGGCCCUUCCCCUAUAGGGAGCAUUAGCGUUGGAAUCCCUCAGCCAGACCCAGCAGAGCCAAUGUCCUUCCAAGACCAGAGCUCCUCAGGCAGCAACUCCACUUCCAACGAGAACCGACAGCAGAGUCUGUUCCAGGAGCAGCAGCCAAUGCAAUUGGGACCAAGCUCCAGCAGUGUCCAAAGCAGUCAACCUGUGGAGCUGUUCCUUCCACAGACAUCUCUGUCUAGCCUGCAGAGCACAAUUGUCUCACAGGAGCUGAGCAACCAGGCCCCAGCCCCUGGUACAACCAUCUUUGUGGUUCAAGGUAGUGUGGGUGUCGUUGCCAGCCCUGGCCAACAGCCCCCAGAGCAGCUUUUCCAAACAACCGUGGGGGGGAAUGUGGCUCCACAAGGACAAGCCAACCUGUUUGUGUUUGGUAUCCAGAAUGACUCGCCGCAGUUGCUCAAUUCCUCCGGAGCCUCCUUGCCAGCUCAAAGCCAGCCCCAGAACUCCAGUCACAUGCAGCCUCUGCUGGACCAGCCCAUGGUCCAAGCUGCCGCCUCAAUGCCAGCUGCCAUGCACGGCAGCCUACAAAACACUCUCCAGGCUCAAAUGCAGUCCAGCUCAGAGAACGCCAUGCAGACCAGCCUACAAAAUGCAAUGCAGACAAACACACAAACUGCCCUGCAGUCCAGCUUACAGUCAACCAUAGAAACAAGCCUGCCAACUCCAAUGCAGACCAAUCUACAGACACAGAUGCAGAGCAGCUUACAGAAUCAAAUGCAGGCCUCAUUAUCUGUAUCGUCCAGCAUGGAUAAAAUUGAAGACCUACUGGAAAGCCUACAGAAGUAGUGAUUAAAUAUUUGGACAAUGUGGUAACUAAGGAGAGUGAGUGAUAUGUAGCUAGAGGUUAUACAUCAACACAAAGUGGUGGUGCAUGAUUUUUGUUGUGCCAAGGCCAUAAAAUAUAGAAAGAAAUUUAAUAUUUAAGAAUGAAAUGCCCCUUUUAUCUAAAACCCAAAUUAUGAUCUCAUGUAACUCCUUGUUUUUAUGGAAUAUUUAUCAUUGACAACACCUUUCGUAGAUCCAUCCAUUGUCCUUGAAUUGAUGAUAUCAGCCUGUUAUUACACCUCUUGCAGGAUCAGAGAGGUCUGUAGUAACAGCUUUAUCCAUCAGUCUCAGAAAUGCAGUGUUUUGUUGCCAGAGUGUUUUUAAUUAUAAGCCUAAGAGAUGACUAUGAUAAACGUCUUUCAGGUUUAGUGGAAAAACUGGAAAGGGAUAAAGAAUGUCGGCGACAGUGAAGUGGGGGAAUAGUAAUGUGAUAGGGAUGAGGCCAUAAGAGCAGGCUGAGAAGAUGAAACAGCCAGCCAUUGAGUGGAUAUCAUAUUGCACAUAAGUGUCAGAUAUAGGCUGAAUCUCAUUUUGUGAGUGUGUAAACUCAUUCCACACAGAGGGACAGUCAGUGAGGAGUGUUUUUGUCUGUCUGUCAAAUGUGGGAUGAGAUUGAAAAUGGAGGGAGGGUACCUGGCAAAAAAACACUUAUUUUGUUGUUCUUUGCAAACCCUUAUGUUUGCACGUCAACAGUUUGACUAAAUUAUACUUUAGGAGUAGUCAGGACUUUUAAAUAACAUACAUUAGUAGAAAGAUUUGCCUCCAUCACUUCAGCAGACUCUAAAGAGGGAGGACAUUAAAAUGUUGAUAGUCUGCUCCAUGAAACUCCCUUACCAAAAUGGGGUCGUCCCCCCCCCCCCCCCAAAAAAAAGAGGAGAGCAUAUGAGACACUCGAAAAUGAGAUUCAAUCUAGUGAAUAAUGUGACUUGGCCUUUCGUGGCCUUUAAGGCAUCUCCCAGUGUUUUCUUGUUUUGGCCUCAUCAGCCUUCUUGGUGAAAUUUUAAGAAGCAUUGUAGUGUGUAUCUUUUUGUUUAAAAGAAGUUGGUAACUUUUACCAACAUAAUGUGGAUAGAAAGAAACUUUCCACUAGUGAAAAAGGAGUGUUGUGUUUUUAUAGACAUUUUAUCUCAAGCACUUUAUAUUAUAACCUCUUUUGUGUAACCAGCUAAUCCUUAUAUCCGUCCACAGCUCUCUACUGACCCAGCUGAAUUUGUACUCGGAAACGAACAGUUAAAAAACAAGAAAGAAAAAAAAACUAAACAGAAAGCAGUUGUCUUUGUAAAGGUAAAUACAUCUAUAUCAAGCAUUUUUACAUUUUCUCAUGUCAGAAUAUUUUUGAGGUCUAGGACAACUUUGUAUAGAAUGUCUGCUCACUGUUGGAUCCCUCUUUGUAUUCAGUCUCAGUGGUCCAGUCAAGUCUGUCAAAAACAGCCAUUCCCACAAAAGCAUUGUCAUUUUUCAGUGUUGGAGUGGUAAGUAGGCCUUUGUGUUUUACACACUGACAAAACAUCUAAAAUACUGCUUCAUUUAGAUUGUGCAUUGAAAUGAAGGAUUUUCAUUGUUAUGCUAUUUGUACUAUUUACUGUUCAGUCUGUCACUUGAGACUGUUUUACCUUGUGUUGUGUUAGAUAUUUAAGUUUUUGUCUCAGUGUUGGUACCGUGCGCAGGCUGGCACCAUGUCAAUUUGGCACCCAGUACUCGUCCCUUGCAUUGUGAACAGGGGCUCACUGGUAAAUGAAAUCUCUGUUACAUGAGCCCGCCAUUUUGAUUCUAUCUCUGGUGCUAUGUAUAUGGGCACUUCUGAUGCGAUGUUAGUACGUAACCGUUUAUACUUAAAUCAAUAGCAUUGACAUCACUUGUUAGUUGUGGAGCAGAGUUGAGUCUAGAGAGCUGGCUGUUGUUGUGGGGUCAGACUGGAGUGCACCCAGGCAAACCAAAGCUCCCGUUGUUAAUUCCUCGUCAUCCUGUCUCACAUUUGUCCUUUUCAAAUGCCCUCAUCGUGUUUACUCAUUCUUACUUGCUCAUUUAAAUUAUGCAGCUCUUACGUGGAUAGCAAUUCAGCAUGGUUUCUUUUGUUUGUUUUAAAUACAACAUUUAUAGUAAGAUAUGUAAAGGUACUUUGUUUCAUGGAUCAUUUAAUUAAUAGUUCCACCCAUUUUUACAUUUCUCACGACAUGACUCUAUUUUUUGAUGCAAAGUAACACUGCUUUAUUUUCCAUAUCUACAGCGGUAGCCAAUUUGGCAUUAUCAAAAAUAUAGAUAAUUCAGAUGUUAUCAUAGCAUUGCUCUCACAUAUGCAUCAGUUUACAUUUUCAUAGUCACACUAUUUUGUCCUGCAGCGGUUAGUGAUCCAUUUUAAAGUAACUUAUCUUUUUUAGAAUUUUGUAUCCAUGUAUCAAAAUGUAGAGUAUUUUUGUAAAACUGAAGUUUUUGGUUUACACUCAUAGCACAGAAUAUCAUUGCUGGUAUGUUCUCCUGAAAUUAAGCGUGAAAUUAAGGUUUAUUUUGAAGUGUAUGACUGAAAUUAGAAAUGUAGUUAAGUGGACAUCAAUUCUACUGUUUUAACAUUGACUUUACCCAAUUUGUAUAUUGUAAUAAAUGGGCUUGCUGUUUGUUUGUUUGUUUUUAAGUCAUGCAUCUCAAAUGGCACUUUGAAUCAUCCAUUAACUGUAGAUCAGGUUAGAGCGCAGUAGUAAUGUUUCCAAGCAUUCCAUUCCUCUUGGGUAGGGGAGUUACAGAGCACAUAAUGUUGCGGAGGAAGUGCAGAACAGUAAUUCCUCUUAAAGCCAUACCAACACAGAAAGCCAACCUGUGACAUCAGUUUCAUGAAUGUAAAUUUUACCUCAUGGUGUGGACAUGGAGCUUGCUCUACAUCGAACAUCGGACCAAUUACAGUUUCAGAGAACAUAUAUUUUGAGGCGGAGGGGAUGGGUGGGGUAGCUAUCAUUUGUGUCACUGUACACUUGUCAGAUUGUUUUGUCUUGGAUUGUGGUGUAAUUUCAUGUUUUUCCACACCCCUGAUUUCAUUGUGAGCAAUCCAGGAUGCUCAGUCUGACUCUUCAAAUAGCCACUUCGCCCUGAAAAAAACCAUGUGAAGCAUUGAUGUAAUGGUGGCAAAGAUAGCACACAAAUCUUUACACAAUAUUGUUUUGUCCUUCAGUCAUGUAAAUUAAUAUCCAUGUAUAUUUAAAUGUGAAAUAUACUGCAGGGGUAUCUUGAACUUCAAUUGUGAUGCUUUCAACAGAACUUUGUGUGCCUUGAUAACUUAUCCGUUACUCUGCUGUGUUCACUGAUGUCCCCUUUGUGUCACUGCUCCUUGGCACCUUGUCCUUUUUAUUCUUGAGGACUGUUUAACAUCAGGAUGCUUUUUGGUGAUAUGAGUUUUAUUUUGAGUACACAAGUGCAACCAUAGCCCAUACCAAUAUAUUUUAGUGGUAACAUUUUCUCUUUGGAAAUCCAGUGCAAGAUAUCAACGUGAGUACUCUCAACAUAAUGUUGUGCAGCUUCACCGGUGAAUUUCCAUCUUGUUUAUUAUUUUCUGUUGAAAAUGUGUGUUUUUUUUUCCAUGCCUCAUGAGAUUUGUAGAUGUGAGGUAAAAGGGACAAGACGAUGGAGAUUGUUUUAUGGAGAGCUUUCUUGUAUUGAUGUGCUUGUCAACAUUACUAUUGUUGCUGUGAAAUGCUUGAUCAAAUGGAGCAACCAUGAUAACCGUUAAUUGCCAAUAGUGUGAGCUGUAUCUUGUGUGUAAUCAGUUUGCUCACUUUUCCUAGUUCGCUUUCUAUUUCACAUUCUCCAACAGUUCGGUUGUAUCUGUUUCGUGUAGCUUGAGCUUUAGUAUCCAGCCUUAAGACCCUGCUGUAGGGAUAAAGGUCAACCCCAGUGUGUUAUCAUACAUCUGAACUAUUACUUACAUGUACUUUGCCUUGGUCUGGACAUUUGUAUACUCUUCUGUUUAUAUCUGUAAUCCUGCUGCUACAUUAAAUGAAUUAAUAAAAAUCGAA